UAGCGACCAAUGAAUCGAGCAAUUGAAGUUGCACGCGUAUCGCUCGAGUUGCGACCGAACGAUUGCGAACGAUCGAUUCGAAUUACAGCGCGUUUGGCAUGUGCACCUAUGGGUGUUUAUAACCUCCGUAACAUCCAUAACCUGCGUUUCGUAACGCUAAUGAAGAAAUUGACAAUUUUCGAACGAUCCGAUGUACGACGGUGAGAGUUUUUGUUGUGGAAUAUAACGCGACAAACAUUUUUCAGCGUCGCAUUUUUGCGCGUGCAAUGUGUCUAUGACGGGAAACAUAUCCGUUGAUCCAACAUGAGUCUCCUUUUCACCAGCGAAGGAGGUUGGAUCGUGUCUCAUUUGCGAUACGUUAAUGAGAUGUACGAGCAAGUUUCAAACGGUAACGGAUUUUGCGCUUUGGCGUUCAACGAAAUGCUGUUUGACAUUAAUUCGCAGUAUCUGAGACAAAAUCAGAUAGCGCAAACCGAUACCGAGGAUACCGUCGUGUUACACGGUAAAAGGAAGAGAAAGCGUUCGCGGCUGUUGCCGCAGGAGGAUUUGGAAGAAGUCAGUCGAGUCGAGAAAGCGUUUGCUUCCAUGAUGUCCGCCGCGAAAGCGAAAAGGAUCUUUUCUGAGGCCGAUGUAAUCUCCGACAACAACAAAGCGGCACGCUUGGCGUCUCAGAAAUUUUAUCAGGAUACCUACUGUAUCAGAGAUGAGAACUUGUAUGGAUCCAACGACACGAACGACGCUAUCAUAUCGGAGGCCCACGAUAAGAAAUACGUAUUCCCAAGAAAAUGUACAUUUUAUUGCUACGACGUUAGAGACAUGGAGAAGAAGAUGGAUCUGAAUAAUCAGUACGAUUUCAUACUGUUGGACCCACCUUGGUGGAACAAGUCCAUCAGAAGGAAAAAGAUGAAGUGUGCCGAAGCUAGCUACAAGAUGAUGUACAACGAGGAAUUGAUCAAGAUACCGAUAGGGAAACUGUUGCGUUCCAAUGGUAUCGUGGCUGUAUGGUGUACCAACUCGUCCAAUAACUUGAACAGUAUCUUCAACGAGAUAUUUCCGUCCUGGGGUAUCACUUAUACAGCCAAGUGGUACUGGGUCAAAGUCACACAGGCAGGCAACACCAUAUGUAAUUUUAAUUCGGCACCUGGAAAACAACCUUUUGAAUUACUGGUACUGGGAUCUACAUUGAAAAGGGAGAAAUUCGCUAUUCCUGAUGGCAAACUGAUAAUCAGUGUACCUAGCGCGGUACAUUCCCACAAACCACCUCUGACAGAAAUCAUUAAGGAGUAUCUGCCGGAUGAGCCGAAAUGCCUAGAAAUUUUUGCGAGGUACUUGCUGCCUGGAUGGACAAGUUGGGGUCUGGAGAUCUUAAAGUUUCAGCAUCUGUCGCUUUAUAAAAUCCUACGUGGCGCACAAAUCAUCAACGGAAAUGACACGGACUGCAAAGCGAAAAGUGAGAAGGAUAAAGACGAAAUUUCGUAGUAAAAUGUAAUUUCGUAGUAAAAGUCGGUAGGCCUCCCUGCGAAAAUUUACAGUAUUAUAGAUAUAUACGUAACUUACGAGAGACAGCGCGUGUCUCGAUCCUUUAUUAUAAAUUAUUCGCAUUUAUCUUCGACGGUUGUACGCAACGACUCGUCGCAACGUUACAUCGCGUUAUUCGGAUGUUCGUUGAGACCGUUCUUCAAUAAAGCGCGGUAUCCAUGUG